AUGGUUAAACAAGCAGAGCCACUAGUGAAUGUUGGCAAUGGCAAUGGUUCUGAGCUAGAACACAAAACUGACUUUGAUCCAAGUGCUCCUCCACCCUUUAAGGUUGCAGAAAUCAGAGCAGCAAUUCCACAACAUUGUUGGGUCAAGAAUCCAUGGAGGUCUCUAAGUUAUGUUUUAAGGGAUGUCUUAAUAGUCACUGCAUUGUUAGCUGCAGCAAUUGGAUUCAAUAGCUGGUUCUUUUGGCCACUCUAUUGGCUUGCUCAAGGCACAAUGUUUUGGGCUCUAUUUGUUCUUGGACAUGAUUGUGGCCAUGGAAGCUUUUCAAAUAGUCCCAAGUUGAAUAGCCUUGUGGGGCACAUCUUGCACUCCUCAAUUCUUGUACCAUACCAUGGAUGGAGAAUUAGCCAUAGAACUCACCAUCAAAACCAUGGGCACGUUGAGAAUGAUGAAUCAUGGGUUCCUCUGACAGAGAAGAUGUACAAGAAUCUAGACAACAUGACAAAAAUCAUGAGAUUCAAUCUUCCUUUCCCCAUCUUUGUAUACCCCUUUUAUUUGUGGCAAGGAGGCCCAGGAAAGGGAGGAUCAGGAUCUCAUUAUAAUCCCUAUAGCAGCUUGUUCUUACCCAGUGAGAGAAAAGAUGUGCUAACUUCAACCGUGUGUUGGGUUAUCAUGUUUUCUGUGCUUCUCUAUCUAUCUUUCACAAUGGGUCCAAUUUUUAUGCUCAAGCUCUAUGGAGUUCCCUAUUGGAUCUACAUCAUGUGGUUGGACUUUGUCACAUACUUGCAUCACCAUGGUUACAAGCAGAAACUACCUUGGUACCGUGGCAAGGAAUGGAGUUAUCUAAGGGGUGGUCUUACAACCGUGGAUCGUGACUAUGGUUGGGUUAACAACAUUCACCAUGACAUUGGCACCCAUGUUAUCCAUCAUCUUUUCCCUCAAAUUCCUCAUUAUCAUUUGGUUGAAGCGACAGAAGCAGCAAAGCCAGUGCUUGGAAAGUAUUAUCGUCAGCCAGAGAAAUCAGGGCCAUUCCCACUUCAUCUAAUCAAGUACUUGAUACACAGUAUAAGUCAAGACCACUUUGUUAGUGACUCUGGGGACAUCGUGUACUACCAAACUGAUCCUCAGCAACACAAAAAUUCAUGGACUAAGUCUGAGUAACUUUGUGGUACUAAAUUGAUGCAUG